CCUACGUGAGACUCUGGCGGCAGGCUUCGCUGGUAGCUUGACUGUGCAGAGACGGCAAGAAGCGACCGACCGGCGGGGGAGGCAGCAGGCGACGGGAAGGACAGAGGGAGUUUAGGCUGUGUCCCGUAUUUGGAAUAAGCGAGACUAGACUACAGCUUUUCCUCUUGACGUGAAACGAGCUCCUCAGUAACCUUCACAGAGAAAGGACCCGCAUAUUGUUUUUCUUUUUUUCUUUUUAACGGCUAACUUACUGGAACUCUUGAACUGUAACUAACCGUCGGUUUGAACAACUGUGAAGAAAAAGAGACGUUUUGGUUUCUGGACGAAGAUUUGGGAUUUAAAGAACAUUUGUGCCAGCAUUGAGUUGAGAAAACAAGGGAAUAUUUUUUUUUCUUCCCACAGUUGGAUGGAAACAUAGCAAACAAAUAAAAAUAAAUAAAAAAUCAGUUAAGCUCCGACAACACUGUGAGAGAUUGUACGUCAACUCCUGGGAGAAAAGGAGCAACGAUGGCAGUUAGGAACGGGGAAAAGUAACGUUAACGUUAGCUCGCUGGCUAGCUAAAUAGCUAACCUAGCAGGCUGCUAACUAAGCCUGUGUCGCCCUUCCAUUCCUGGAGCAGAGGAGGGGCGCUGGGGCUUUGUAGCAUUGCAGAUCUGCCUUGCAUUUUUGGGUUGCUGCAAGAAUGGAGAGUCCCAAAUAUCCGCCACAACAACUCAGGGGGAUCUGUUGAAACAGCAUCGACUCCAUCUUUUUUUGUAUACAUUUCCCCGAGCGGAGAAGACCAGAAAACUGCAAGCUAACGCUGGGAUUUCAUCAAAAAAAAAUCCACCGGCCCGGAGCAGCCAGGGUCUGUAAUUGUGACUACUUCUUUUCGUAUAUGCCCUGUGGGGAUAGGUAUUAUAAAAUGGGGAAGUGCUACAUGUCUUAUCCACCUCUUAGAUACUGGAUCUCGAGAGGGAGAUCAUGAAUAGGCCGAUUUUAACGAGGCAUUAGCCGCCGGCCUUCCCCUCAACUCAAAGUUUUUAUUAUCAUUUUUGAGACGUAUUCAAGGUGAGAGAACUUAUUUUUUUACAGGCCCCUCUGUGCUAACUAAACAGGCCGAGGAGGUGUCUGCCCUCUUCCCCACCACCACCACCACCUCCUUCAUCACCACCAUCAUUAGUUCAAAAACCAACAAGCCGGAAUAAUCAUGUCGGGAGAGGUGCGUUUGAAGAAGCUGGAGAAGCUGAUCCUGGACGGGCCAGCUCAGUCUAAUGGCCAGUGCCUGAGUGUGGAGACGCUGCUGGAUAUCCUGGUGUGUCUCUACGAUGAGUGCAACAACUCCCCGCUCAGGAGAGAGAAGAACAUCACCGAGUUUCUGGACUGGGCUAAACCCUUCACCUCCAAAGUGAAGCAGAUGCGCCUGCACAAGGAAGACUUUGAGAUCCUGAAGGUGAUUGGACGAGGAGCCUUUGGAGAGGUCGCAGUCGUAAAAGUAAGAAACACAGACAAGGUCUUCGCCAUGAAGAUUCUCAACAAGUGGGAGAUGCUGAAGCGAGCUGAGACGGCUUGUUUCCGGGAGGAGCGGGAUGUGUUGGUAAAUGGGGACUGCCAGUGGAUCACCACCCUGCACUACGCCUUCCAGGACGACAACAAUCUGUACCUGGUCAUGGACUACUAUGUGGGUGGCGAUCUGCUGACUCUGCUCAGUAAGUUUGAGGACCGGCUGCCAGAGGAGAUGGCCAAGUUCUACCUGGCUGAGAUGGUGCUGGCCAUCGACUCGGUCCACCAGCUACACUAUGUCCACAGGGACAUUAAGCCCGACAACAUUCUGCUGGAUAUGAACGGCCACAUCCGCCUAGCUGACUUUGGCUCCUGCCUGAAACUCAUGGAGGACGGGACGGUUCAGUCCUCGGUGGCGGUGGGGACACCGGACUACAUCUCCCCAGAAAUACUACAGGCUAUGGAGGAUGGGAAAGGAAAGUACGGACCUGAGUGCGACUGGUGGUCUCUGGGCGUCUGCAUGUACGAAAUGCUGUACGGCGAGACUCCCUUCUAUGCAGAGUCCCUGGUGGAAACUUAUGGGAAGAUCAUGAACCACAAGGAGCGUUUCCAGUUCCCGCAGCAGAUUACAGAUGUGUCUGAGGACGCAAAGGAUCUGAUUCGUCGGCUCAUUUGCAGUCGAGAGCACCGAUUGGGCCAGAACGGCAUUGAGGACUUCAAACAUCACCCGUUCUUCACUGGCAUCGAUUGGGAAAACGUUCUGACAUGUGAGGCUCCGUACAUUCCAGAGGUCAGCAGUCCUACAGAUACCUCCAACUUUGAUGUGGACGAUGACUGCCUAAAGAACUCGGAGACCAUGCCUCCUCCCUCUCACACAGCCUUCUCUGGCCACCACCUGCCCUUUGUGGGUUUCACAUACACAAGUAAAUGUACACUAUCUGACCGGGGUUGCCUGCGACAGCUGGCAGCCGUGCCGGGAAAGGCAGGCCAGGACCAGGUGGACCUGGACGUCCAGCGCGGCCUGGAGGACAGCCUGGCUACAGAGGCCUACGAGAGGAGGAUCCGCCGCCUGGAGCAGGAGAAACUUGAGCUGAGCCGCAAACUGCAAGAGUCGACUCAGACGGUGCAGGCCCUGCAGCACCAGACAGGUGAAGGCCCUCUCAGUGCAAACAAGGAGGUGGAGAUCAGGAGUCUGAAGAGCGAGAUCGACAUCCUUAAGAAGCAGAUCGCUGACUCAGGCCAGCUAGAGAAGCAGCUGGAGGACGUGUCGUCGGCCCGCAGGGACCUGGAGGAUUCAUCUAAACACAUCAGGACUCUGGAGAAACAGAUGAAGACCAUUUCACAGGAGAGGGAUGACCUGCACAAGGAUGUUCUGGAGGCCACUGAGAAGCUGAAGUCUCAGUCGAAGGAGCUGAAGGAAGCUCACAGCCAGAGAAAGCUGGCCAUGCAGGAGUUUUCUGAGCUGAAUGAAAGACUCACAGACCUCAGGUCGGUGAAGCAGCGUCUGGCUCGUCAGUUGCGAGACAAGGAGGAAGAGAUUGAGAGCCAAACUCAGAGGGUUGAGGCUCUCCGCCUUGAGGUGCGAAAGGCAGAGAGGUCCAAGAAGGAGAUGGAGGCGCAGGCGGAGGAGCAGGCAGCAGAGGCUCAGAAAGAGAGGAAGCUGAGAGAGCGUAACGAGCAGUACAGCCGACAGCUGGAGGAGGAGCUGGAGGGGCUUAAGGCGGGCUCCUCCGCUGGCCCGGCCUCAGCGGACCAGACCCAGGAGGUGGGACGCCUACGAGGAGACCUGGAGAAGAAGACGGUCCUGUACGAAGAGGAGUUGGCACGAAGGGAGGCGCAACACACCAACGAGCUGAAGGCCCUGCGCAAGGAGCUGCGGGAUGCUGAGAGCCAACACCUCGCUCUGCAGAAGGAGAUCCUGAUGCUCAAAGACAAGCUGGAGAAGACUCGACGUGAGAGCCAAAGUGAGCGGGAAGAGUUUGAGGCCGAGUACAAGGAGAAGUAUGAGAGGGAGAGAGUCCUGCUCACCGAGGAGAAUAAGAAGCUGUCCAGCGAACUGGAUAAGCUGACCACCAUGUUUGAGAGGGUGAGCAGCUCCAACAGGCAGCUGGAGGAGGAGAUGAGGGAGCUGGCUGACAAAAAGGAGAGUGUAGCUCACUGGGAGGCCCAGAUCACAGAAAUCAUCCAAUGGGUGAGCGAUGAGAAGGAUGCUCGGGGAUACCUGCAGGCUCUGGCCACUAAGAUGACAGAAGAGCUGGAGGGACUGAGAAACACCAGUCUGGGAGCCAGAGCCACAGACAUGCCGUGGAAGAUGCGGCGCUUUGCCAAGCUGGACAUGUCGGCCCGUCUGGAGCUGCAGUCGGCCCUGGACGCUGAGAUCAGAGCCAAGCAGAGCAUCCAGGACGAACUGAACAAGGUCAAAGCCAACAACAUCUCCACAGAAUGUAAACUGCAGGAUGUGGAAAGUAAAAACCAGGAGCUCCUCGCUGAAAUCGACAGGCUGAAGAAAGAGACAGAAGAACUGCGGCUACGGAGGGGUGUCAAGCACCAGGAUUCCCAGAAUUCCUUCUUGGCUUUCCUCAACGCUCCCACCUCAGCACUCGACCAGUUCGAUCGCUCGCCAUCCGUUGGCCCGGCUAGCAAAGGCAGACGUGUUGACUCGAUUGAUAACUUCACCCCCUCCAACACUCCAUCCCGGGAGGACGACCCCAAGUCCCACCUCAAGUCCCGCUCGCGUUCACCCUCCAUGGCCAGUGAUAUGGAGCCCAUAGAGCUCAUAGAUCAUCCUCCCCGUACAGUCCAGACCCCCACCAUGCGCUCAGGAGGGUACGGCAGCAUCGGACGCUCCUCACCGAAGUCCAAAGCACAUCAGUUUGUGGUGAAGACAUUCAACACGCCCACUAAAUGUAACCGGUGCACUUCCCUCAUGGUGGGGCUCAUACGUCAAGGUUGUACCUGUGAAGUGUGUAACUUCUCCUGCCAUGUGACCUGUGCGGACAAAGCUCCGGCUGUGUGUCCUGUACCCCCCGACCAGACCAAGGGCCCGCUGGGUAUCGACCCUCAGAGGGGGAUCGGAACCGUGUAUGAAGGGACAGUAAGGGUGCCCAAACCGACAGGGGUGAAGAAGGGUUGGCAGAGGGCGAUGGCUGUGGUGUGCGACUUCAAACUGUUCCUCUACGAGCUGGGAGAAGGAAAAGCCACACAGCCAAGUGUAGUAGUCAGCCAAGUUAUAGAUAUGAGGGAUGAAGAGUUUUCAGUCAGUUCUGUCCUGGCCUCUGAUGUCAUCCACGCCAGCCGUAAAGACAUCCCCUGUAUAUUCAGAGUGACGGCGUCCCAGCUUUCCCCCUCCAGCAGCCACAAGCCCUCCAUCCUGAUCCUGGCCGACAGCGAUCAGGAGAGGAACAAAUGGGUGGGCCUCCUCAACGAGCUCCACCGCAUCCUCAAGAAGAACAAGCUCAAGGAGCGCUUCGUCUAUGUCCCCAAAGAGGCCUACGACAGCACCCUGCCGCUCAUCAAGACCACACAAUCUGCUGCUAUCAUAGAUCAUGAGCGUGUCGCCCUGGGCAACGAGGAAGGCCUUUUUGUCAUCCACGUCACCAAAGAUGAAAUUAUCCGGGUGGGGGACAACAAGAAGGUGCACCACAUCGACCUGAUUCUCCAGGAGCAGCUGCUGGCCGUCAUCUCCGGCAGGAACCGCCACGUGCGUCUCUUCCCCACACAGGCCCUGGACGGCCGCGAGACCGAGUCCUACAAGCUGGCAGAGACAAAAGGCUGUCAGACUAUCGUGUCUGGACCCGUCCGCAACGGCUCGCUCACCUGCCUCUGUGUGGCCAUGAAGAGACAGAUCAUAUGCUACGAGGUGAAUAAGAGUAAAGGACGUCAUCGUCGGCUGCGAGAGCUGCAGGCUCCAGGACAAGUUCAGUGGAUGGGUCUGCUCAGCGAGCGUCUUUACGUAGGAUAUCAGUCUGGCUUCACCCGCUACAGUGUCCAUGGUGACGUGUCCCCUGUCAGCCUGCUCCACCCUGAGGACCACACCCUGGCCUUCAUCCCCCAGCAGGGCCUGGAGGCCCUCUGUGCCGUAGAGAUUUCCAGCAAGGAGCUGCUGCUGUGCUUUAGCGCCAUAGGAGUUUAUGUGGACUCUCAGGGCCGCAGGUCCCGUCAGCAGGAGCUGAUGUGGCCAGCUGUGCCCAUCGCUGCCUGCUACAACGCCCCCUACCUGUCGGUGUACAGCGAGAACGCUGUCGAUGUGUUUGACGUCAACACCAUGGAGUGGAUUCAGACCAUCCCGCUCAAGAAGGUACGACCUCUGAAUGUUGACGGCUCUCUGAACCUGCUGGGACUGGAAACAGUCCGGCUUAUCUACUUUAGAAACAAGAUGGCCGAGGGUGACGAGCUGGUCGUCCCAGAGACGUCUGACAACAGCAGGAAGCAGAUGGUGCGCAGCAUGAACAACAAGAGGCGCUUCUCGUUCAGGGUGCCUGAGGAAGAGCGGCUUCAGCAGAGGAGAGAGAUGCUGCGAGACCCAGAGAUGAGGAACAAGCUCAUCUCCAACCCCACCAACUUCAACCACGUGGCCCACAUGGGACCAGGAGACGGGAUCCAGAUCCUGAAGGACCUGCCCAUGAACGUCCGUGUUCAGGAGAGCCGCGCGGGCUUCAGCGGUUCAGUCAGCAUCCCCUCCAUCACCAAGAACCGGGCCGAGCCGGGCCGCUCCAUGAGUGCCAGCAGUGGACUGGGCAUACGCUCGUCCUCUCAGAACGGCAGCGCUCUGCGCCGAGAGCUGUCAGGAGGAAGCUACGGAUCCAAACGGCAGACCAUGACCUCUCCCUCUGAGAGCUCCCUGUCCUCUGGUGGAGGGAUGGACUGUGGCGACGCUCCACUCUCACAGUUUGACAGAGAGUGGCAGGCAGUCUCACCGUCGGAGAAGACCCCCGAUCUGAAAAGGGCUUUAAGGACCCUGCUUAGUAAGAUGAAGGACUCGGACUCCCCCCGUCACUCCACAGCCUCCAACAGCUCCACCUUCAGCAGCCCUCCCAGUCCGGCCUCGCCACACAAGACCAAGUCCCUGUCCCUGGAGAGCACAGACCGCAUGGGCUGGGACACAUGAGCCUCCGCCGGCCUCUCGCCCCGCCCACCGACCGACUGACCGACCGACCGACAGCACAGGACUCCAAACCCUCCUCUUCCACCGCAGCCUCUGCAUCCUUUCUGAACACCUCCUCCCCCCUCACUGCCCAGAGAACUGCACCUCCUGACGAACAUUUGUCCCGCUUUACAGCCUCAAUUUGUCUCAUCGUACUUCCAAGACGGGCCAGAAACACUGAGAGAGAGUGUCGUCUCUUUGAGGGAAACUCUGAGGGAGAAGCUAACAAAACCUGUGUGUGAGGGUGCAAAUGUGUGUGUGUGUGUGUGUGUGUGUGUGUGAGUGUGAGAGGAGCUGUAUGCGCCUGCCAGUGUGUGUGCAUGCGUUUAUCCAGAAAGGGCGUCGAUGCAGGAAUGAAAACCUCCCGUCUCUGCUCUUUCUUUCUUUCUUUUUUUGUUUUGCUAUGAACAGACAGCGCUCUGUCCAGUCCCCCAGACUCAGAAAGCUCACCAUGCAACAAAAAGAAGAGGAUUAUUAUCGAGAGAAAAUGAUUUGUACUUGUACAUAGGACCCUUUGGGUUUUAGGGGACAAUAUUUUAAUUUAUUUAUCAAUCUUAGACAAGGAAAAGGGAGGUUUGCUUCAUGGCGGCGAGUCAGACGGGUGGAGUUAAAACCCCACCUCACCUCCCUCCGUUGCUUUCUCUUCGGGUGCUGCAAAAAUUCAAAAUGUAAUAAAUAAAAAAAAGAGAGAGAGAGGUGAGAAAGGAAAGCAAUGAUUUAUUUUUUCUUUUGCUCAUGAUACUAAGUGCAGUGACUUUAUAAUCUUUUUUAAAUUUUAUUUCUGACCAUGAGAAGCAGCGUUAACUAAGCCGGCUCCCACGACACCGUCACCGCUCCUCCGUGCUACUCUCUUCCUCAUCGGACGCCAUCCGACAGCCCCUGGACGUCCUCCGUUGUAGUGUAGACGUUUGCUGUACAACCAAACUGACCAACUCACAGGUUCCCAUCACAAUAAUGUACAUAGGUUCAAAGUAGAGAGUAAUAUAUGAUAAGGAAAAUACUAUAGAGAACUACACGGGAAAGAGAAAAAAUCCUCCUCGACUUUUAUUUUCCCUUUUGUUUGUUUCGAGUGAUUUUUUUGGGGUUGUAUUCACACAAAAAGCCAUUUUUAACCACUCUCCAGUUUUUCUUUUUUAUUUACUGAUUGAUUUUAGAUUUGUUUGUUUUAUAUUGUAUGUAUGACACGCGUUGUUUUCUCUCCUCCCACUGUGUUUGAGUGAAGACCACUCACGUAUGGAUCGACACUACUGCCCGUAUCGUCGAGUGAACACGUGCAUUUAUCACAAACCUGCUACCACACAUGUAUCUACGCACACUGAGGUGGUGUUUUUAUGCAGCAGAUUGCCUUGUCCUGCUCCACCUCUCCGACUGUUCGAGGUGAAGUGGCUCCGAUCAUUUAUUCAGCAGUUAUGGACACGUGUGUGUGUUUAACUUCACUGUGGUGUCUGGGCGGAGGGAGCAGUCGUCUCCGCUGAGCUCGAUUUAACCAAAAACAUGGACAAAAGAGGGAGACUGUGAUAUUAUUUUGUCUUUCUGGAGAAGGUUUGGUUGAUCUGUUGGUGACCAGUAGAGCUCUUGAUUAAAAGAAAAAAACACUAAAACCAGAAUGUAGACACUUGCAGGCUGAGAGAGAGUCAGCACUUGGGUUUUUCAUGAUGAAGCGCCGAUGAGGAAACCUCAGCGUGACCUGUUGUCGUCUGUAAAAUGAGCUGGGCUCCUCCAGGCUGCGUUUCUUUGGCAGGGUGGAAAAAAGGCCUCUGAAAGAGCAUUUUUACAGUGUGACGGCUCCUGGCUGCAGAGCAGGGCAUUCCCAGCCAAAAACCUGUUACCUCUGUUCAUCUCCUUCAGUUUACAGACAGAUUGAAAGGCAUUUUAUACGAGGAUUCACUCGCAGGCCAGAUUACAGCUGCGAGGGAGCAGCAGCGUCCUCGCUCACAAUCCUCCAGUUUAUUCUGCUUGUUUGUCAGAAAGGGAAACAAAACAAACUUUGGUGGUCAUUCCUGCCGAUUCCCCUGUUGAAACACAACAAAGUAGCUCUAAACAGCCCAUUCCAAGUGUUAAUUAUUCUUUUUUUUUAGUAUUCCAUUUUAUAUGAAGAGAGAAGGAGGUGAGCGACUCUUCAGUGCGACUAAGCUGGUUUUAUUCCAAACAACCACCUCUUAGAAAACAUUUUAAGCUAGUGAGUCUCUUUAGUUCCUGCUGGAGUUGAUCUGUAGAAUGUAUUAGUCGGGGGGGAGGGAGGGUUCGGGAGAUUCGUCUUCGCCAGGUGUUUUAUUAUCGGCCGAUAUUGUACAGAAAUAAAAUGGAUCCUAGAUAUCCCAGUUUAAGGAGAGGGGAAGAGAAACUCAGGAAAUGUCAGAACCAAUGAAUUAUUUUCAUUCUAGAUGAAAAUGGGUGUGUUUGACGGAUGGAUGCGCCGGAGCGAGUGAGGGAGAGAUGAAUCAGUGUACAGUAGCUGCGACCCGGGUGGAGACAGCGAGGAAACGGAAGGCGGGUGGAGUGGACGAGAAGAUGUAAAGAAAAACAAAACAGAGAAAAAAAAAGUGUUGAGGGGUGAAGGGUGAGAGGUGCUUCGUUGGCUGAGGUGCCACAGUGAGAAGGAAAAACCGAAAAUUAAAAAAAAAACUUCAAACGCCUUUGCAUUUCAGUGAGGUCUUAUCUACAGUACCUUCUAUAUUAUUUUGCUCUUUCAUAUCAUAUUACACUUUGUUUUUGUUUUCUAGGAUUGCUUUGUAAUAAUUUGUACAGUUUUGCAUGUUAUAGAUGUAAUCAUUUGUUUUUCGGUUUGUUGUUUUAUUUGGACUUUGCUCCUUUUUUUUCUUUGAACGGUUUGGGCGUUUUACUGAGGAUAACCCACUACAGGUGAUGUAGAUUCUUUUUUGCACAAAAAAAAAAAUAUUUAAGGUGUAAGGUCAAAACAAAAUAAUGUAUGGAACUGGCUGCCACACUUAUGUGGAGAACUCAUUAUAUUAACCUGACUCCGAUGUAUUUCAAUAAAGCGGAGGGCUGUUACAAAUACAA